UAUGAAGAUAAGCAAAUAACAUCGUUGAACAAACUAAAAGGCUAACAACAUAAAUACAAAUAACUUGUUCUCUUGAUCUCACAUUUGUAAACAGACCUUCAAGCUAAAAACAUGUUUUUAGAAUUAUUCUUAGGUUUUUUUACUUUUUUACUCAUAUGGGACUUCAUCCAUAAACGAAGAAGAAAUAAACUUUUUAAAAAUGCCGGCAUUCAAGGGCCAAAAGGCUUACCACUUCUUGGAAAUAUUCUGAAAUUAAUUAAUGAGAACACUGAGACCCUAACUUAUUUUAAUAAAUCAAUGCGAACUAAAUAUGGCAAGAUAUGGAGAAUGUGGUUCUUUCAUCAGGACCGUGUCUUUGUGCAAGAUCCUAAAUACUUUGAGAGCAUACUCAGCAGUCAACAAGUUAUAUCAAAAAACAACUCAUACAGCUUAUUAUUGCCUUGGCUUGGGGAUGGUUUACUUCUAAGUACAGGAUCUAAGUGGCAUGCGAGAAGAAAGAUUUUUACACCGACUUUUCAUUUUAAGAUAUUAGAACAAUUCGUUGAGAUUUUCGAUCAACAAAGCACAGUUAUGGCAAAAAAGUUAUAUGACAAAGCUGACGGUAAAACAGUCAUAGAUAUGUUUCCAGUAGUGUGUCUUACUGCAUUAGAUAUAAUAGCCGAAACCGCGAUGGGUGUAAAAAUCAACGCUCAAAUGAAUCCAGAUUUUCCGUAUGCCAAAGCAGUCACAGAAGUUUCCCAAAUUAUAGCUACACGUGUUAUUAAAGGCAAUCAACGCUAUGAUAUACCUUUCAUGAUUACUGCACCACAUAUUGCAUUCAGAUUAAAGAAGCAUAUAUCACUCAUGCACGAUUUUACGGAUACAGUAAUCAAAGAGCGCAGAGUUGCAUUGGAAAAAUCAAUCGCAGAUGGUAGUAAUAAACCAUUAGAUGUAUCAGAUGAUAUGGGAGUUAAAAAGCGAAUGGCUUUUCUGGACGUUUUACUACAAUCAACAGUAGAUGGCAAACCUUUAUCAAAUGCAGAUAUACGUGAGGAAGUAGAUACAUUUAUGUUUGAAGGACAUGAUACCACUACAAGUGGCAUAUCACAUACAUGUUACCUUAUAGCCAGACAUCCAGAAAUUCAGCAGAAACUUUUCGAUGAAAUACGACAAGUAAUUGGUGAUGAUAAGAACAAAGCGAUCACAACAAGAGAGUUACAAGAGCUUAAGUAUUUAGACAUUGUUAUUAAAGAGGGUUUGCGUUUAUAUCCGCCGGUACCAAUAAUUGGGCGAAUGACUGAUAGCGACGUUGUAUUAAAUGGUAAAUUGAUUCCUUCAAACACAAAUAUAACUUUGUUACUUUAUGCAGCUUUGAGAGAUCCGGAUUAUUUUUCAAAUCCAGAUGAAUUCAUACCAGAACGGUUUUUAAAUGAAAAAAUUGAUCCGUUCGCAAAUGUUCCUUUCAGUGCUGGUCCGCGUAAUUGUAUUGGUCAGAAGUUCGCUUUAUUGGAAAUGAAGAGUACUAUUAGCAAAUUAUUGCGUCAUUUUGAAUUUUUACCCUUGGGCGCAGAAGUAAGACCAAUGCAAAAUCUGAUUCUUCGUUCUGCGAGUGGUAUUAAUGUUGGACUUCGACCUAGGGUAUAUUCAUAGUUUGAGAUUGUAGUGAACUGUAUAAAUGUGUGCGUAAAAUGCGGUAUUUCAAUUUAUAAAUAUUAUUAACAAAAUUGUGUGACGUGUUGUUCUAUAUAAAAUUAAUUAUUUUAAUGCUAAUUGUAAAACUGAACUACUUCUCUAGAUUUUUAAAUAAAUACGUUUUAAAUGAUUUUUGCGAUUUUUUAUAC